GGCCCUGUUCCUGACGCAGAGCCUGCAUGUGGGUGAGGAAAGACCCAAAAGUCCUGGGACACUGUGCUUGUGAAAUACUGGCUCAGCUGGAGUUUAUAAGAGCAAUGUAGCAAACCCACGUCAGUAGGAAUAAACAAGAUGAAGUUGGACUCUGCAGCAGUCCUAUCCGUGUGGCUCUUCCUUCUCUCACCUGCUCGAGGUGAGCAGCCUGUUAACUGCCGCUGGUCUGACUAUGGGCCGUGGUCAGAGUGUGACCCUUGCUCCAGUACUAAGGUGCGCAUCCGUCGCAUCCAGGUGUUUGCUCAGUUCGGAGGUGCUCUGUGCUCUGGGGCAUCCUUCGAUGUCCAGCCCUGCUCUUCUCACAAACAAUGCCCCCUACAGGAUGGAUGUGGAGGGCGUUUCCGCUGCUCCUCAGGCCAGUGCAUUAGCACCACCCUGCUGUGUAACGGAGACCAGGACUGUGAGGAUGGGCUGGACGAGGCUCGCUGUGAGAGCAGCUACUACUCCUGUGACACCCAGAAAACCCCACCCAACUCAGAUCUCACUGGCAGAGGGUACAACACCCUGACCAAAGAGAUGAAGGCCUCUGUGAUAAACACACGGAGCUUCGGAGGACAGUGCAGAAAAGUGUACACUGCACAGGGAGGUACACACUACAGACUGCCCCAAAAUGUGCUCACCUACAACCUGCAGGUGGCAGUAAACAAUGAAGAGAGCGAUGAGUCCUACGAGUCGUCCUGGUCCUACAUGAAGCACGUCCAGACCAACGCUCUGUUCACCAACUACAAACAGACCUUCCACCACGAGCUGUCCGAAAACAAGGCCUACAGGCUGAUCAUCCUGAAGAACCGUGUGGUGCUAGGACACUUCAUAAAUUCAGCCCCUGCAUACCUCACUCUUUCGGAGGGGUUUUGGCGUGCUCUGGCCUCCCUCCCUCUCACCUAUGAUUACGCGGCCUACAGCCGGGUCCUGCACACCUACGGGACACACUACCUGUCUGAGGGGUCUCUUGGGGGGCAAUACAGUGCUUUGCUGCAGCUUGACCGACACACCAUGGAGUCUACAAGUACCACAGAUAUCGAGUAUCAGAGGUGUUGGAGAAAAGUAAAGCGGCGCCUGUUCAGGAAGAAGGUGACAGUGACAUGUGAGCGGCUCACACAGGCGCUGGCCUCCAAAGAUGGGUUCCAGCGGAGCAGCAUGCCCAUCAAGGUGAACAUAGUUGGGGGAGACGUGUCCCUGAUUGGGGCCCUGUCAGUUCUGGAUCUGGAGAAUCCUGAGCAGAACGGAGAGCAUUACGACAACUGGGCGGCUUCUGUGCAGGACUUCCCUGAGCUCAUCGAGCCCAAGUUGCGGCCCCUGUACGAGUUGGUGAAGGAGGUGCCAUGCUCUGGGUUGAAGAAGCUCUACCUCCGACGGGCGCUGGAGCACUUCCUCUCUGAGCAGGACCCCUGUCACUGUAGGCCCUGUCACAACAACGGGGCCCCUCUCGUGACAGGGACUCAGUGCACCUGUGUGUGCAGACCUGGGACAUCCGGGCCCGCUUGCGAGGGGGGGUCUGUCAUAGGAGAGCAGCCUGGAGUGGUGCAUGGGGGUUGGAGCUGCUGGUCCACAUGGAGUCCAUGCUCUGGAGGUCAGAGGUCACGCACUCGGAGCUGCAGUAAUCCCGCCCCCAGAGGAGGAGGAAUCCAGUGCAUUGGGGCCAGUAUAGAGCGAGGGCCAUGUGAGGACCCGGACAUGGAGUACCUCAAGCUGAUGGAGCCCCAGUGUUUGGGUCUGUCAGUGCCCCCUCCAAAAAUGUGCCCCCCUCCUCCCCCUCUCACCAACGGCUUUGUGCGGAGCCCCAAGGACAUGUACUUGGUUGGGGACACGGUGGAAUUCUCCUGCAUACACGGCUAUCACCUCCAUGGUGGCGCUGUGACAACAUGCACGGAGCAGGAGACAUGGAAGACAGAGAGCAUGCACUGUGAAGUGUCUGUGUGUGCAGCUCCAGAGCUCCAGCCUGACAUCAGAGCCUCUCCCUUGAAGCACAGCUAUGAGAUGGGGGAGAGCGUGUCUCUGUCCUGUCCCCCAGGCCUGGACUUGGAUGGGGACGUGUCUCACAGCAUGUGCAGCUCCAGUCUACAAUGGUCCCCUUCCCCCAAGGACACACGUUGUAAACCAGAGUCCACUGCCCCCCCUCCUCCAUCUGGACUACUGUGUGCACUGUGGGAGAAGACUGGACACAGAGGCUGUGUGUGUAAGAUGCCCACCCAAUGCCCACCGUCCUUGCCGCUGUGCGCUGACCUGGGCCCGUUUAAGCAGACUCUGGGGGUGUGCCAGCUGGGGGCGCUGCGCUGUUUGGGGCGGAACUUCACUCUGCUUUCUGAUAACCAGUGCACAUGGGCGGAGCCAUCAUGCAGAGGCUGUGAGCCCGGGACCCGCUGUGACAAAUCCUCAGAUAAAUGCGUUUGCCAGAGAAUCUCAGAAUGCCCGCCAAACUCCACCCCCUUAUGUGUCAAAUAUGGUAGCAGUGAUGUUGCUGUGACGACCAGCGAGUGUGAGGUCGGGGCUCGCAGGUGCGCCGGUGAAACUGUCCACGUGAUCAGCAUCGAGGCUUGUCCUGGUCGCUGACAGAGGAGAUGAGAUGUACAUAGUCUUCACUUGUAAAUAUUUUUUUUAUAUGAAAUUAAAUAUCAAUGUGCUGCUGCUGUGUAUUUCAACAUUAAAAAGGUCAUUUAGGCA